GACACACCAACAAACACAAACAGAGCCAUAAUUGUGGUACUGGGAAAUAGCCUCCUAAUUCCAUGUUCAUUUAAUACCUCCGGUGACUUCGAAAGCGACCUCUUACUGCUUUCCUCAGGCAUUUCGCCAUGGUUGUUGUUCUCCCUCAUUAAUACCUCUCUCUUUCUCUCUCUCUUACUUCCUUCUUCAAACGGCGUGCCAUAUCCUCCAUUCUCUCUCUCUCUCUCUCUCUCUCUCUAACCAUAUCGUUAUUCGUUUUUCUCGUUUUUCCUUCUUAGCAACACGUAACAUGCAGUGAAGAAGAAGAAGAAGAAAUGAAAUGAAAUGAACUUCUAUAGACCAUAAACCAUGGAAGCUCAACUCGGCGCUCUUUUCACGAUACCUCUUCUCCUCCUGAUUCUGAUCCACUGCGGUGAAGCCCAGCGAGUGACUUCGGGCUCCGCCAAUGAGCGUGCGGCGCUACUGGACCUCCGGUCGUCUCUGGGCCUGAGGGGGAAAGACUGGCCCAUAAAGACCGACAUGUGUCGGUGGACCGGCGUCGAGUGCGACCGGAAUGGCCGAGUCGUCGGGCUCACAAUCUCCGGUCUCCGCCGGACACGUGCCGGUCGGAAACAACCCCAAUUCGCCGUCGAUUCCUUAGCCAACCUGACCCGCCUGACCCGUUUCAACGCUUCCGGGUUCUAUCUUCCCGGGUCCAUACCCGACUGGUUCGGGCAACGCCUUGUUUCUCUCAAACUUCUCGACCUCCGUUCCGCCUCGAUUCUCGGCCCAAUCCCUUCGUCUAUCAGCGGGUUGACCCGACUCCGGUGUCUAUAUCUCUCCGGCAAUGAUCUCUCCGGCGGUGUCCCUUCGUCUUUGGGACAAUUACCGGAGCUUUCGGUUCUCGAUCUUUCUAGAAAUUCUCUCACUGGGUCGAUACCUUCCGAGUUUUCGUCUCUCGGGAAUCUCAAAAUUCUGGACCUUUCUUCCAACUUCUUGUCUGGGCAGAUUCCGCCGGGCUUAGGUAAUCUCUCCAAACUUCAAAAUUUGAGUCUUUCUGAUAAUAGCCUUACUGUGUCUAUUCCCGUUCAGUUGAGUGAGCUUUCUCAGCUGGUCGGGCUUAAUCUUAGUAAGAAUUUUUUGUCUGGGUCGUUGCCUUUGGAGCUAAAACGCUUGAGGAAUUUGACGAGUAUUGAUGUUGGUAUUAACUCUCUGGAAGGUCCGUUGCCGGAGGGUUUGUUUUCGAGCUUUUCUCAGCUGCAAAUUGUUGUUCUGAGCGGGAAUAAACUUGAUGGUUCUCUUCCUGGUAUUUUUUGGUCAAUUCCUAAUUUGCGGUUUCUCGAUGUUUCGAGCAAUAACUUUACAGGAGAUUUGCCAAGUUUGGCUUCAAAUGUUAGUUUCUCUAAUACUGUUUUCAAUCUCUCAAACAACUUGUUGUAUGGGAACUUGAGUUCUUUAGGGAAGUUUCGUUUCAUUGAUUUGUCUGGUAACUAUUUCCAAGGAGUGGUGUCUGAAAGUGGAGGCAAUGUUAGUGUUGCUAAAAAUUGCCUGCAGUCGCAGAGGAAUCAGAGGAAGUUAGAGGAUUGUUCAUUGUUUUACACUCAAAGGGGCUUGACUUUUGAUAAUUUUGGAGACCAAGACUCAGGAAGCAAAAACCGAUUGACAUUCAUACUGGUUGGAGUAUUUGGUGGGGUUGGGUUCAUUGUGAUUUUAGCAUUGGUUCUUGUACUGUUCCUAAAAUGGAAAAAUAAGGGCGUUGCUAACCAAAGAGGCGGUUCAAAUUCGGGUCCUGUCCAAGAAGUUAACCCUUCGCUUCCUAAAGAACCUAUUUACUUGACUGGUCUAGGUGAGUUAUUUACCUACGAGCAGAUUGUACUAUUUACUCACGACUUUAGUGAAGCAAAUCUCAUCAAGCACGGACACUCCGGAGACUUGUUCCAAGGUUUUUUAGAAGGGGGGAUACCGGUAGUUAUUAAAAGGGUGGAUUUAGGAUCGCAAAAGAGCGACUCUUACAUGAUGGAAUUGGAUUUCUUCCGCAAGGUUUCGCAUACGAGACUAGUCCCGUUGUUGGGGCACUGCUUGGAGCAUGAGACUAAGAAGUUUUUGGUUUACAAGUACAUGCCAAAUGGAGAUUUGGCCAAUUCGUUGCACAGAGUUGUAAGUUCAGGGAAAGACGGCUUACAAUCUCUGGAUUGGAUUACGAGGUUAAAGAUUGCAAUAGGAGCUGCGGAAUUCCUUGCUCACCUACACCACGAAUGCAGUCCUCCCCUUGUUCACAGGGAUGUUCAAGCAAGCAGCAUCCUUCUGGAUGAUAAAUUUGAGGUGCGUCUUGGAAGCUUGAGUGAGGCCCAGGCCCAAGAAGGGGAUGCUAACCAAAAUGUCAUCACGAGGUUUUUGAGGAAGCCACAGAGCUCUGAACAAGGCCUUUUUGCCCCCCCAUUGGCAACUUGCGCUCAUGACGUAUAUUGUUUCGGAAAGGUUUUACUUGAGCUUGUGACGGGCAAGCUCGAUAUCAGCAAAGUGGAUGAUGCUACUACAAGAGAAUGGUUGGAGCACACACUGCGUUAUGUCAGCAUAUAUGACAAAGAACUCAUCAAUAAGAUUGUCGACCCAUCUCUUAUUGUAGACGAAGAUCUAUUGGAAGAGGUAUGGGCCAUGGCGAUUGUGGCCAGGACAUGCCUCAACCCGAAGCCUUCGAAACGACCCCACAUGAAACACAUCCUCCGAGCAUUGGAAAACCCUCUGAAGGUGGUGAGAGUGGAGAGUUCAAGCUCUGCAAGGCUGCGGACAACAUCAUCUAGACUGUCUUGGAGCAUGGCUUUCCUUGGAAGCUGGCGACACAGCUCGUCGGAGAAUAUCAGGGAGAAUAUAAGCAGCCUUAAACAGUCCGGGAGAGUGGGAUCUCAGAGCAGUACCGGAGGUAAUAACGAGCACUCCUCUUCGAAUAAAAGGUCGUCCAGUGAGAUUUUCCCUGAACCAGUUGAAGGGCAAGACUUGGAGAGACAAAGUGAGCAUUAGAAAAUACAAAGAGUGCUUCUUGUGAGUGAUUGAGUGCUACAGCUCACACAACCAGUUGACCCACCCUUUUUCCAGCCAUGCUGUGAUUUUUGGGGACUCAAUUGGAUUCUUGGCAAGCAAGUUGCUCUAGUAAGUUAAAAAGCAAGUUCUUGCAAGUUUAAAAAGAAAGCUUGUUUCCAAUUUGCGGUGUGAUUGCUGUUUGGAAUUAGAUUCCAUACUUUAGAAAAGCAGUAGAAUGGUGUGAUUCUUCUUGUUA